AUGGCACCCGUUGCGACGAGAAGUGCCAUAUUCCGUCUCAUUAACGCAGCCCAGUCGCAGUCUGCUUGUCCGUGUCAUGGUUGUCGGUCAGCAGCCCACGCUCAUGCCCCCCUGGGACUGCAACAGUUGAGGAAGCUUGCGACGCCUGUGAACGCGGUUCAAAAGGAAUAUGCAUUCGAGGUUGCUGCAUCCAACCUGAGAUUUGGGGAAGGCGUUACCCGUGAGGUCGGGAUGGAUCUUAAGAACAUGAAAGCUCGCAAGGUUGGGGUCUUCACUGAUCCCGUGGUGGCCAAGCUCAAGCCGCUGCAGACGGCCAUCGAAUCCCUUCAGUCUCAGCAAGACCUUCCAUUUGAAGUAUAUGAUGAAGUAGUUUCCGAACCUACGGAGGAGAGCUGGCGUAGAGCCAUAUCAUGGGCCCGUGAACGCGAUUUCAGUCACUUCCUGGCUGUUGGAGGGGGGAGCGUCAUCGACACCGCCAAAACAGCUAAUCUUUUUACCGUGUACAAAGAUGCCGAUUUAAUGGACUUCGUGAAUGCUCCCAUAGGCAAAGGCCACCCAAUCGAGAAGAGUCUCAAACCUCUUAUUGCAGUCCCGACCACUGCCGGUACUGGAUCUGAAACCACUGGGACGGCAAUCUUUGACGUAACUUCCCGUGCAUUCAAGACUGGUAUCGCGAACCGUGCUCUCAAACCAGUACUUGGAAUCGUGGAUACCGCAAACACGGAGAGCUGUCCUACGGAGGUACACAUCAGUGCAGGCCUGGAUGUUCUGUUCCAUAGUCUGGAAAGCUACACAGCUAUCCCCUACACGGAACGGACACCUCGCCCCGCAAACCCGAUUCUGAGGCCUGCGUACCAAGGGAGUAAUCCGGUCGCUGACAUUUUCUCUAUGUGGGCGCUCAAAACUACAGUGAAAUACCUGCCUCGCGUUGCCAAUGACAGGACCGAUCACGAAGCAAGAAGCCAGAUGCUCCUGGCAGCAUCCUUUGCUGGUAUCGGGUUUGGCAACGCCGGCGUGCAUUUAUGUCAUGGAAUGAGUUAUCCUAUUUCCGGGUUGAACAAGAAAGGACCGAAAUACAAACAUCCAGGAUACCAAGUUAACCACCCUAUCAUUCCUCACGGCAUAAGUGUCGCCCUGACAGGGCCCGCAGUGUUCCAGUUCACGGCCCCUUCGUCACCUGACCGUCACCGUGAAGCAUUAGCCAUUUUCAAUAACACAACCGUCACGGACCCCUCCAUAACUAGCAUCCCUGAUUCCGAAAUCGGUGCCCAUCUGUAUGAGUCGAUUGCGCGUUUCCUUGACGGCCUCGGUGUACCUCGUGGGUUAAAGGCGGUCGGCUAUACUAAGGAAGACGUGCCAAUACUCGUCGAUGGCACAAUUCCCCAGCGACGCGUGCUGGACCUUGCCCCGAAUAUUGGCGAUGUUGCAGGUGAAGAUGGGCGGGAGCAUCUGACACGUAUCCUGGAGGCAUCACUUGAAUACUGA